AGGUUCACAUGACUCUUUCAGUUACUGGGUGGAUGAGAAAGCUCCCGUGGGACCAGAUCAAGCCAUAGCAAUUCGGCGGAUAGCUAAAAUUCCUUUGGUAAAAAAGCUAAUGAAGAAAUGGUCAGUAACACAAAAUCUGACAUUCAAGGAGCAGCUUGACAGUGGAAUACGCUAUUUUGACCUCCGUGUAUCUUCCAAACCAGGUGAAGCAGGACAGGAAAUCUACUUUAUACAUGGCUUGUUUGGAAGCACAGUAUGUGAUGGACUUAUGGAGAUAAACAACUUCUUAACCCAUCAUCCUAAAGAAGUCAUUUUCCUGGAUUUCAAUCAUUUCUAUGCCAUGGAUGUGAAUCAUCAUAUGUAUCUUAUCAGCAAGAUUGAAGAAAUAUUUGGAUCAAAACUCUGCACAAAAGAAUGUGUAGAAAAUGUAACUCUGCAGAGUCUUUGGGAAAAGCAACAGCAGGUACAGGAUUUUUUUUUCCUAUUUAAUUGGAUCUGAAUCUACAUUUUUAUACUUCAAACUACUAUUAGAUGGCCUUUGGGAAAGCAUCUUUGGAAGUUGUAGGAUGUGUUUGAAAAAGGAACUCUGAAAGUGAAGCAGAUAGUAGGUUCCAAGACUCUAGAACUCCCUGGGUUAUCUUACUUGUGUCUUAGCACAGACUCUCUCUGUAACAUUUCUUCCAUUCUAUAAUACCUGUGAGUUCUUGUCUUUCUAGUACAGCUGAACUCCUUUUCAGGUGGAUGUUUAACUGAAUAGAAAUUACCUUGAAUCUGUCCAUUACUGUGAAUUAACAUUGAAUCUGUCCAUCACUAUGAAGUAACCUUUUUAAAAAUUCUGGAGCCUUAAAUGAAAAAUGAUAUAUCUCAUGGUAAAG